CAGCGCCUCGCAAUCCGCUGCGCACGGCCGCACGCAGAGGCAGAGAGACCAAAAAUAAACGAGGAGGGGACGGACCUUGAGUUAUUUUUUUUCUGGUCUAAUGAGCCUCCCACCCUCUUUCUAGCCUGGGCGGGAAGAAGGCGAAGAACCGUCCCCCGGGCCUCUGCGGGCGCUAGGACUUCCUGGAGCGACGCCGGGCGUCUGGGAAGAGCCGCUGGGAGCCUUCACCUGCUGGGAGGAGCUGCGGGGCGCCGGGGCACCAUGAAGGAUCGGCUGGAGCAGCUCAAAGCCAAGCAGGACCAGGAUGACGAUGCUGACGAUGUGGAGAUUGCCAUCGAGAACACGGGGUUCAUGGACGAGUUCUUCUCCGAGAUUGAAGAAACCCGACAAAAUAUCGAGAAAAUUGCAGAGAAUGUGGAGGGGGCGAAAAAACUGUACAGUAUCAUCCUGUCCGCCCCCAUCCCUGAGCAAAAGACGAAAGACGACCUGGAGCAGCUCACGGCAGAGAUAAAAAAAAUAGCCAACAGCGUCCGAAACAAGCUUAAGAGCAUGGAGCGGAGCAUUGAGCAGGAUGAGGUCCAGUCGUCAGCGGAUCUGCGGAUACGGAAAUCCCAGCAUUCUGUCCUUUCCCGGAAGUUUGUCGAUGUGAUGACCAAGUACAACGAGGCACAGGUCGACUUCCGAGAACGUAGCAAAGGGCGGAUCCAGCGGCAGCUCGAGAUCACUGGGAAGAAUACGACCGAUGAGGAGCUGGAGGAGAUGCUAGAGAGUGGAAACCCCUCAAUAUUCACAUCUGGGAUCAUGGAUUCGCAGAUCUCGAAGCAGGCACUGAGCGAGAUCGAGGGGCGGCACAAGGACAUUGUGCGGCUUGAGAGCAGCAUCAAGGAGCUUCACGACAUGUUCGUGGACAUUGCCAUGCUGGUGGAAAACCAGGGCGGGGUCCUAGAUAACAUAGAGCUGAACAUGAUGCAUGCGGUAGACCACAUAGAGAAAGCGCGUGAUGAGACCAAAAAGGCUCUGGUAUACAAGAAAAAGGCACACAAGAAAAUGAUAAUUAUCAUUGUGGUAGUGGUUGUCUUGCUCGCAAUAGUAGCUCUGAUUAUUGGACUUUCCGUAGGGCUCAAGUAAAGCUAGCCCCCAGGGUUGCUGGCUCUGAACUACACUCCUGAUCUUGGUGGUGAGCUUUUUCCCCCGUGAUCCUCCUCGUGUCCCACACGCUGACCUCCCGCUCCCCCUGCCUUCCCUGGACCUGCUAAUCACAGCCUGCCCUCUGGGCUCUGCUGUGAAUCAUUUCCCUUUUGGGUGGAGCUUUUCCCAAUAGCACUUCUUGGGAGAACUGCCAGCCCAUUCAUCAGCUAGCUGACGCAUCCCUCCUGGAGGAUCUGAGCUUGCUUCGCCAUGUCCAGGAGGUAACUGUCUCCUGCACCACUGAUGCACUUGAGAGAAGCUGCCAUCAAGCCUUCCUCUUCUCCCCUCCUCUCCGAAUCCACAACCACCAACCCCAGUUCCUCCUCCUGAUGUCAUUUCGGUCAGAUUUCGUUUCCUGGCGGGAUUCUCACCAAUGGUAGCAGAGCCUUAAAGGAAUGUCCAGGACUGUGUUUCCUACCUCACUGGCCUGUCUUGUUUUCAUCUUUCUUAGGGGGAAUUUUUUAAUUGUUUGAAAUCUUUAUUGAGGGAGGCCAGGGAAUGUAAGAACUACCCCUCUGAAUUGCUCCAGCCAGGACAGGGAGUGAGAGAUCAGGGCUCGGGAGCUCACCUGGGUCGGCUGUGUGGCAUAUUGGACACUAACGGAGGCUGGACUCUGCAGUGCUCCCAGGACCUGCCAACCCCAAGGAGAGUGAGCAGAUGGGCCUGAUCUUGAAUCUCCUGUGUAGCAAUGCACUAAACCUAUGGCACCGGAAUCCGCAGCACUCCCAAGCUGCUUUGACACCAGGAUUAACAAGGGACGUAGGUCAAACCAACAGGGAUAGACUUGGCAGCGUCCUCAACUUUGCCAACCCCAGAAUUAGGGACAGGAUGUGGAAGCAAAGCAGAGCAGGAUAUGUGGGCACUGACCUCAGUGCACUA